GUCUCUGUCUUGUUCUUCUGCAACCUCGUUGUUGUCUGACUGCGGGAGUUGACGAAAGCACAAGAGGCACCGAGGAAGCGUCACGCUGCUGCUGAGACGUGCAAUGGAAUCUGCCGCGUGGUGUCCGUCAUGUUUUCCUACUGCUGCGUGCGAGGAUCGCACCUACUCUACACAACUUGCGUGUGUUUAUAUCAUCCCUCACUUUCGUGGUGUAUCUCCGUUUUUCCGAAGAAAAGAAAACGAAUGUGUACCGGCAAAGCAGCUAAAGAAUGCAACACGUAAAGCGACAACCACAACACCAGAAGAGCGUUACACACAGAAGCUAUAACGUUAACACACCCGGCAGUCCUACGACCCAUGGGAGAUUUUCUUAGUCAGCAUCAGGUCCAGCGGGACUACUAUCGCGAGUCGAGGCAGGGUGCGGUGGUGGCCAUGGACUGCCCGUACUGCAAACGGCGCGGUCGGUUUGCCGCUAACGCUUACGAGCUGGCGAAGCGGAUCCCGACGAUAAUGACGCAGGGCAUCGCGCUUUGCCACGGCUGUCAGGACGUCGUAUUGAGCACGGCAGAAUUGGUUACUCAGAAACGGGCAUGGUACUGCGAAUACUGCGAGAUCUGCCUGUGCCCUACCUGCCAGAAGGCUCGCCGUAAGUCUUCGUAA